AUGCGGGCAGCGCUGCUGUGCCAGGCUCAGGGGCAGAAGGCAGCGGCGAGGCGGGGAGGAGGGCUGAUGGGCUGGAGAGGGGUCCUGGGCUCGUCCUGCGUGGUGGGGCCCAUGCCAGCCCUUCUUGACUGCUUCAUGUUCAUCAUGUGGCUGAUGAGGCAGCCAGCCCUGGAGCUGCUGGGGUGGCAGAGAAGAUGUCACUUGACGGUCUUUUGGUUUUUGCAGGGUGCCAGGGUAUGGCUGUGGGAGCAGGACCAGCUGCAGCCAUGCACGGUUGGCUCGUGUGCCGAUGGAAACGUGCUCUUCACCUCAGAUUAUGGCUCGGUAUUCCAGUACCCCAAGGCCUCCCUUUCCAGAGAAAAGGUCUUGCCAAUGCACCAGACCAGCGUUGAUGGGGUAGAAGACAUGUCCAUGCUGGGAGAUCUGCAUGAAGCUGCCAUCCUGCUUAACCUGCACCAGCGCUACCAACAGGGUAACAUCUACACAAACAUUGGUUCCAUCUUGGCAUCAGUAAAUCCCUACAAACCCAUCCCUGGUCUGUACAGUGUGGAUGCCAUAGACCUGUACAGACAGCACCGCCUGGGUGAGCUGCCUCCCCAUAUCUUCGCCACCGCUAAUGAGUGCUACUGCUGCUUGUGGAAGCGUCAUGACAGCCAGUGUGUUCUGAUAAGCGGAGAAAGUGGAGCUGGAAAGACUGAGAGCACCAAGUUGCUGCUGAAAUUUCUAUCAGCCAUGAGCCAGACCUCCCUCGGGGCCCCUGUGUCCGAGACGAGCACUCGCGUGGAGGAAGCCAUCCUGGAAAGCAGCCCCAUUCUGGAGGCCUUUGGAAAUGCCAAGACAGUUUAUAACAACAACUCCAGCCGCUUUGGCAAGUUCAUCCAGCUGCACUUCUCUCAACAUGGACACAUCCAGGGAGGCCGAGUAACUGAUUAUUUACUAGAAAAGAACAGAGUGGUACACCAGAACCCUGGAGAGAGGAAUUACCACAUCUUUUAUGCUCUGCUAGCUGGUGUGAGCGGGGAGCAGAAAGAGAGCCUCUCCCUCUCUGAGCCAGAGACUUAUCACUACUUGAACCAGUCUGGUUGUGUGACUGAUGAGAACCUGAAUGACGUAGAGAUGUUCAGUAAGGUCAUGACUGCCAUGAAGGUGGUGGACUUCAGCACUGAAGAAAUCAGAGACAUCUUCAAGCUUCUUUCUGGCACACUUCAUCUGGGAAACAUUGAAUUCAUGACAGCUGGUGGGGCCCAGGUUACAACGAAAGCAGUGCUGAACAUUGCCAGUGACCUCCUGGGCUUAGACGCCUUCCAGCUUUCCGAAGUACUGACGCAGAGGUCCAUGAUUCUGCGUGGGGAAGAGAUCAGCUCCCCUCUCACUGUGGAGCAGGCAGCUGACUCCAGGGACUCCCUCUCUAUGGCGCUGUAUUCCCAGUGUUUUUCAUGGCUCAUUAGCAAGAUUAAUACGAAGAUCAAAGGCAAGGAAAACUUUAAGUCUGUGGGCAUCCUGGAUAUCUUUGGCUUCGAGAACUUUCAGGUGAAUCGUUUUGAGCAGUUUAACAUUAACUAUGCAAAUGAGAAACUCCAGGAAUAUUUCAACAAACACAUCUUCUCCUUGGAGCAGCUGGAGUACAACAGGGAAGGGAUAAACUGGGAAGCCAUUGACUGGAUGGAUAAUGCAGAGUGCCUGGACCUUAUCGAGAAGAAACUGGGUCUACUGGCUUUGGUGAAUGAAGAGAGUCGGUUCCCCAAAGGCACAGACAACACCCUUCUGGAAAAACUUCACAGCCAGCAUAUGAGCAACCACUACUAUGUGAAGCCUCGGGUAACAGACCAUCAGUUUGGCAUAAGACAUUAUGCUGGGGAGGUGCUAUAUGAUGUGAGAGGCUUUCUGGAGAAGAACAGAGAUACCUUUCGAGAUGACAUUUUAAACAUGCUGAAAGACAGCAGGCUGGACUUCAUCUAUGACCUUUUCGAAAGAGUCUGCAGUCGUUGCGGUGAAGAGACACUGAAGAUGGGCACCCAGAGGCGCAGACCGACUGUCAGUUCCCAGUUCAGGGAUUCUCUCCAUUCCCUGAUGGCCACGCUUAGUACUUCCAACCCGUUCUUCAUCCGCUGCAUCAAACCAAAUACAGAAAAGGCACCGAACCUCUUCAGUCCAGAUGUGGUGCUAAAUCAGCUCCGGUACUCAGGGAUGCUGGAGACAGUGAAAGUUCGGAGAGCAGGUUUCCCUAUACGGCGUCUUUUCCAGGACUUUCUCAGCAGGUACAGGAUGCUUGUGAAGGGGCCAAGUUUCUCAGACAACAGCAAAGCUGUAUGUGCAGGCUUUCUUCAGACCUAUGACAGCAGCAAGAAAGAAUGGCAGUUGGGUAAAACCAAGGUUUUCCUGAAGGAAGCUCUUGAGCAGAAGCUGGAGAAGGAUCGGGAAGAGGAGUUGAGGAAAGCAGCGAUAGUCAUCCGGGCCCACGUCUUGGGCUACAUGGCAAGGAAGAAGUAUCAAAAGGUGCUAGCCAGUGUUGUUAUAAUCCAAAAGAACUACCGAGCAUACUUCUGGAAGAAGAGCCUGCUGCGACUGAAGGCCUCUGCAGUCACCCUGCAGAAGCACUGGCGUGGCCGCCUGGCUCGCAGCCUCUACCAGCACCUGCUGCAGCAGGAACUCAGGCGGAAGCAGGAAGCGGAGGAGAGAAGGAGGCAAGAAGAGGAAGAACAGAUCAGAAGAGAGGAAGAGGAAAGACAGUGGCAAGAAGAGGAGGCGCGUAGGAGGAAACAGGAAGAGGUGAAGGAAAGAGAAAAGGAGCAACUGAAUGCGCUACUCCAGGUGGCUCAGGUGGAAGCAGUAAAGACUGAGGAGGUAGAUAUUCCCCUGCAAGAAGAAGAGAGACGUCAGAUGGAGGAGAUCUUAAGACUGGAGAAGGAGAUUGAGAAGUUGCAGCAACAGAAAGAGGAUCACAUGUCUAUCAUCUGUGAAAACACCAGGAAUGAAAUCAAUCGGCAGCGAGAAGAAGAGAUCCAGAGGCUGGAAAAGGAGGCAUCUAGGGUUGCCCAGGAGUUCUUGGAGCUGCUGGAUUUUGGCAAUCUGGAUGAAAGUGUGCAGAACUUAGAGCGCUCACUUUCUAGUGAGGGGACACUCAACAUUGAGUGCAGCCUAGUGGCACCACUAGCUGAGGAAGAAGUGGAUGAGGGUUUUCAUGCUGAUGAUGAAGGACGGCCAACUUCCAGUUUGGUGGUCUUGAAUCAGCACGGCACAAGAAACAGCGAUAACUACUCAGAGGAAGGUGCGGACACAAGCCUUUCACUUCUCCAAAGGGAAGUGGGAGAGGUUGUCUCUGCUCCAGGACAACCUGUGGAAAGAACCACAAGCCCCAAGGAGCAGAGAGCCCUAUCUGACCCAGCAGAAAGCAUUUACAGCACUGUCUCAGAUACGCAGAGGAGUAACAGCGGAGAGGUGGGAGAGCCGAUUUACACUUCCCCCCCGGAUGUGGAGUCUGACUAUGACCAUGAGGAGUUUGAUGGCUGUGGAGACGCAGGUAGCGCCUCAGCUGAGCCCCUGAACGGUGAGGAAGGUUUGAGACACUCCCAUGGUACCAGCCUGGACUCCAACCGUGGCAGCCUGGACUCGUUUCUGGACAGUGAAGAAGAAGUGGAUGUUUACAUUGAUACAGAUGAAGAGUUUUGUAAUGGACGAGUCACUAUCUUCAAUGGCUCAGGACCACCCUAUUUUCACAGCUAUCUCUACAUGAAGGGAGGUCUCAUGAACCCAUGGAGGCGGCGCUGGUGUGUUCUGAAGAACGAGGCCUUCAUGUGGUUCCGCACCAAGCAAGAGGCACUGAAGUCAGGCUGGCUCUAUAAAAAAGGUGGAGGCAUGUCAACACUUUCACGCCGCAACUGGAAACGCCGUUGGUUUGUGCUUCGAGAAUCCAAGCUGAUGUACUUUGAGAAUGAUAGCGAGGAAAAGCUGAAGGGGACAAUUGAUAUCAGAAGGGCAAAGGAGAUUGUGGACAUUCAUGAAAAGGAGAAUGCCUUGGACAUUGUGACAGAAGACAGAGUAUAUCACAUUGUCGCAGAGUCACCAGAAGAUGCCAGCGGUUGGUUUAAUGUCCUGAGCCGAGUACACAGCGCUACAGCACAGCAGCUGAGGGAAAUGCAAGACGAACAGGCCAAUCCAAAGAAUGCUGUGGGAACCCUGGAUGUUGGGCUUAUUGACUCUGUCUGUGCCUCAGACAAUCCCGAUAGACCAAAUUCUUUUGUGAUCAUCACAGCAAAUCGAGUGAUUCACUGCAACAGCGACACCCCUGAGGAGAUGCAUCACUGGAUUUCCCUGCUGCAGAAACCAAAAGGCGAAUCUAAGGUUGAUGGCCAGGAAUUCCUUGUGAGAGGCUGGCUUCAUAAAGAGGUUCAGAGUAGCAACAAGAUGUCCUCUCUGAAGAUGAAGAAACGCUGGUUUGUUCUGACAAACACUGCCCUCGAUUACUACAAGUCAUCUGAGCGCACAGCUGCCAAGCUUGGCACGCUUGUGCUCAAUAGCCUGUGCUCCGUAGUGCAGCCCGAUGAGAGGGUCUUCAAAGACACAGGCUAUUGGAACAUAAUUGUCCAUGGGCGAAAGCACUCCUACAGACUGUACACGAAGCUGUUGAAUGAAGCUAUGCGCUGGGCCUCUGCCAUUCAAGGUGUCAUUGACAGCAAAGUUCCCAUAGAAACACCUACACAGCAACUCAUUCGUGACAUCAGGGAAAACAGCACAAACUUUGAAGUAGUGGAACAGACAUAUAGGAGGAACCCAAUCUUGCGAUAUACCCAGCACCCUUUGCAUUCCCCAUUGCUCCCACUACCGUAUGGAGACGUUAGUGUCAACUUGCAACAAGAGAAGGGUUACAGCAGCUUACAGGACGAAGCAGUGAAGAUCUUUAACUCCCUUCAGGAAAUCGAGACAGUAUCUGACCCCAUACCCAUUAUCCAAGGCAUCCUGCAGACCUGCCAUGAUUUAAAGCCCCUUCGUGAUGAAGUGUACUGUCAGCUCAUCAAACAAACUAAUCACAUGCCGCAUCCCAACAGUACCGGGAACCUGCACCACUGGCAGCUGAUGUCAUGUAUGAGCUGCACUUUUCUGCCCAGUAGAGGGAUCCUUCGCUACCUCAAGUUCCACCUCAGAAGGGUAAAAGACCUCUUUCCAGGCUCAGAAAUAGACAGGUAUGCGCAAUUCAUAAGUGAUUCCCUGAAGAGAACAAAGACGAGGGAGUUUGUGCCCUCCCAGGAGGAAAUACAGGCUCUUCUCACCCGUGAAGAAAUGACCACAACAGUGUACUGCCAUGGCGGUGGCUCCUGUAAAAUAACCAUCAAUUCCCACACAAGCGCUGGGGAGGUGGUUGAAAAGCUGAUCCGAGGUUUAGCAAUGGAGGACAGCCGUAAUAUGUUUGCGCUCUUUGAACAUAAUCAGCAGGUGGACCGUGCUGUUGAGAGUCGGGUGAUUGUGGCUGAUAUCUUGGCCAAGUUUGAGAGACUUGCUGGCUCUGAAGAAGAAGAGGAGGAAGGACAGUGGCAGCUGUAUUUUAAGCUUUAUUGCUUCUUGGAUAUUGAGAAUGUUCCCAAAGAUGGGGUGGAGUUUGCCUUCAUGUUUGAGCAGGCUCAUGAAAGCCUCAUAGAUGGUCAUUUUCCUGCACCAGAGGACACUCUGCAGCGCCUGGCAGCUCUACGGCUGCAGUACCUUCAUGGAGAUUAUUCUAAAAUAAGCUGGACCCUGGAUGGAAUCUACCCAGUUAACAGGCUAAAAUCCAAAAUACUGCACUCAACAAAGAGCAGUGGCACUACCAGUCACACGCUGGAGAGGAGACGGACCAGCUUCCUUGAAGGGACGUUGAAACGUAGCUUCAAGACAGGCUCUGUAAAGAAGCAGAAGGUCGAAGAGGAGCAGAUGAUGGAGAUGUGGGUAAAGGAAGAGCUUUCAGCUGCUCGGGCAAGCAUAGCACAGAAAUGGACCAAGCUGCAGGGACUCUCUCAGCAUCAGGCCAUGGUGAAAUACAUGUCCAUUGUAAAGGAGUGGCCGGGUUAUGGGUCAACCCUCUUUGAUGUUGAGUGCAAGGAAGGUGGAUUUCCAAAUGAUCUUUGGCUUGGAGUCAGCACAGAGAAUGUGUCUGUCUACAAACGAGGGGAUCCUAAACCACUAGAAACUUUCCAGUAUGAGCACAUUGUUUUCUUCGGAGCACCACAGCCUAACACCUUCAAAAUUACGGUGGAUGAGAGAGAAAUGUUCUUUGAAACAUCCCAGGUGGGCGAGAUAAUAAAGAUCAUGAAAGCAUACAUCAACAUGAUUGUGAAGAAACGUUGCAGCGUCAAAUCAGCCACGAGUGUGGACAGUCAUGCUAGCAUCUGGACUAGGUGAUAUGAAUGAACUGCCAAGAGAGAGAGGCAGUUGUUUAAUGAUUGGUGUUUGCAACUUGCCAGCACAAGUGUAGCAAAGAUGUUUUUUUAAGAACUCCACUUGACUGACUACUGUAUUUAAAAACUGAAGCGACAUCUACAGUACCAUAGGAUUUGCACCUCUGCCCAAAGACAUUGAACAGCAACAACUGUUGUUAAAUAUUAGCGGCCCAAAACUUCUUCUUCCCCUUGCUUGUUUGUUGGACAAUGUACCUUAAAGAAGCAACGUCAGAAGCAUCCUCCUUCUCCUGCCUGUCCUCUCUGCUGCUUUCACCAUUACCUGUCAUACUGGCGGAAAAAUUCACAAGAAUUGUUUCUGCACUACAGGAGGCAAACUUAAGCUUCCUUAUGAAUUUCCAACAUGCAAACAUCUGGGAUCAUGGGAUCGCAGCAUGUUCUACUAAAAGAAUAUUUGGUUUUUAUUUAUUUUGCAAGCAACUCUAAAAUAUAAGUCACUGGCUUUUUUCUUCAGGAUAUGCUAAUGAUCCGACCUGGUCUUAAAAGAAAAUGCCUUUGUAUAAUUGAAGCCAAGUGGUCCAACUAAGAGGUCAAACCCUACAUGAGAGAGUAUUAAACAAACAAACAAACAAAAACACCUGAGGUGAUUCUUUACCUUCCAAUAGAAGUUCACAGGUACAUGACUGCAAAAAGCAGCACUUCAAGUUAAAAUUCUAAAUACUCCAACAUAGGAGAAAAUCUUUGGGACUAGCACCACUGAAGCAGAUCAUCAGGUGCCAUUCUGGGUACAUUCCAAGCAGCACCUGUUGCCUAAAAAAUAAUGACUGCCUUUCACCUAUAUAGCCCAGGAGGUGAGAUUGAUUUAGUCACAUUUCCAGAAGAGCUGUUCUUCACAAACGCCAGGUUUUAGAUGGAUGUCAGGGGCUUUUAUGGUGAGCAGCCUGCGUUAAGUUGCUUCUUUUUUUAUAUGGGAUUUUAGGAUGGCUGGGAUCCCUGAACUUUAAAGUGAACUGUUUCCUCCUGCGUGAACAGGUGCCUAGAUUAAUGGCUAUAGGCAAGAAUUUCACUUCCUCUGUACUACUGUAAGCAGAUGCCAAACCCUUCAUCCUCCUCCAAAUUCUAAUUGGAACUGCUCCCGCCACUGAAUCCCCAAAUCCCCUUCCAGUCUCCUCUAGGUCCCUAGUCAUCAGCAAAACUUGAAAACAAUGCUGUUUUGCCAAAACAACUGCUGCUUGGAGGUUUUGAUAGCUACUUGCAAUUUGAAGAAGCAGAAUUUUUUUUUUCUUCUUGGUGAAAGAUAAGAUAAUAAAUUGGUUGCAUUAGCAAUCAAGAAACCUGGCAGCUAGCCAUUUUCUAUGACCCUUGUCUAGUCUUGGGAUCCCAGGCCCGUUCAGUUUCUUAAUGAAACCGAAGAGCUGUAUGUAAUGUGGGCCUUGUUCCACGUUUACAGUCAGAUGUCUCCGUUUCUGAAGAAGGGGCAGCUAAGGCCUGUUGGCUAGGAAACAGAAAUUUCAUAGAAAAGAAAACGAGGAGUCAGUAUGCAACAGGUUCCAUUCCAAUUCAUCAUCAAAUUGUGCCCUGUCACUAAUGCUGUGUUGCAGAACACUAGUUUUGAAGCUGACAGUACAAGAAAAAUCACAGCAUGCAUAAUCCGUGCUUUUCUCUCAUGUCCCGUGCACUGCAGCAUGUGCAAACACUCUGUCCCCUUGCCACACAGCCAGCCUAAGAGGGUAGCCGCUACUGUGUAUCAUGCAUUCAACUGGAGUUUUGCCUUAAACAGCUUUACUGAAGGAUCCUACAAACAUCCCCUUUUUGUCACAGAGAACAAAAAGAUGAGCGAGUCACAAGUGAGAGAGAACAGGAAUGCAGAGGCAACCUGAGACGUGACACUUCGUAUCGGUCCGUACACUGACUAGAUCGCUUUAUGUAUCAGAAUAGCCUUGAUUAUCCCUGUCCUAACUCUGCACUAUCCCUGUGUUCUGGCUCUUGGGUUGCUGCAGGCAGCUUGAACCCACUUGGGAAUGUAACUCCCGUUACCGUUUGUUGUAAUUUUGCUCAUUUCUAUUACAGAAUUCCUUCUGCUGUCUUUUUUAAUUUGUAACUGGCUUUACAAGAUGAAAGUUUAAUAAAUUAUUGGAUUGCA